UGAUGAUGAUGAUGAUGAUGAUGAUGAUGAUAGCGACGAUAGGAGAUAUUAUUUUCACAAAAGGAACAGCAUCUUUACACAAUCCCAAUUUGACUCAAAACUAUACUUAAGUACACAAACUUUCCUUUCCAAGGCUGUUUGCUGAACUCCUUUUCUUGAACUACCACUACCUGGUCCUUUAUUUCAUUGGUGGUGCACAAACAUUGAUCGGAUAAGGUCUAUCGAUAAGUUACUUUUAUUUAUAUCUUGGUGAAAGCUAUUUGUAGCUUCUGAGAUUCCCAGUGUCAUUUAUACACAUUCAACUUGACGAGUCAAAUCCACACUCUUAAAUACCAUCUUCACUAUCCACUUACAAUACAACACCACCAUCACAACAACCACAUCGUCAACACCACUAUUGCCAUUGCCGUUGCCAUUGCUAUCAUGAAUCGCUACCAUGGGAUUAACAGGCCUGCCACUAUUGGGGGUCCUUCAAAAGCGUCCGCUACAACUACGUGCCAAAAGUGCCUCAAAAAAGGACACUAUAGUUAUGAGUGCAAAGCAAAUGCGCAAGAGCGUCCAUAUGUUUCUCGACCCUCUCGUACACAACAACUUUCCAAUCCCAAGCUUGUUCCAAAAUUGACAAGUGAUGUACCACAAGAUCUUUUGAAAAAGAAAGGCAUUGCCGAUGAGCAACUUGCGAAACUGGAGCAGGAACGAGGUCGUAAACGCGAGAGACAAAAUGAAGACAUGGAAACGGGAGCUUCUAAGAGAAGAAGGUCGGCUUCAUCAGCAUCGGUUUCGACAAUAUCUACAAACAUGUCACGUUCGCCCUCACCAAGAGAAGCUCGACGCGCACCUAAUACAUACAAAUCUAGACGUUCACAUUCACCACCUCAACCUGCGCCCAGUCGAUAUAAGCGUAGUACUCCUAGCUUGUCGCCGUCGCCAUCACCGCCACGACAAGAUGUACACAACUCGAGACAAAAGCGUAGACGAGACGCAUCCUCUUCCGUAGAUUCAUAUAGCUCUAGAGACGAGGAAGAUAUGAGAGAUUCAAGGGAGAGGGGAAAUAGCCGGAGUACCAGAAAGAGGUUCAACGAUCGGAGCCCUGAGAUUCGCGGAAGGAGGACUGAGAGUCGAAGUCCCUAUCGAGGUAGAAGAAACGUCUCAACUGACAGGAGACGAUUUGAUGAGCCUCGAGUUAACAAAGGGCGUAGAGAGACCUUCGCGUCCUCUGCAGCUCAUGCACACCCACCGAGGGAGAGGAGCAUGAGCCCUUUUAGCAAGAGAUUGGCACUAACGCAAGCAAUGAAUAUGGACCGUUGAGUGUUCUGAGGGAGCAAGUGGCAGAAAAUGGUCGCGCGGUUGUGAAAUACCCCUUGGCUUCCUGCCAAUUUUUGUAUCUAUAUUAAGGUUUAAGA